AUGCCUCGCGAAAACAGCUUCAGCGACUCAGAUGGGCGUUCGUUGACCCCAGAUUUGGAGGACGAAAUCGACCCAUUUGCCAGACCAGCUUCCCCACGAUACUCGGCCCAACCCACCAACCUCCACACGACAAGAACACGAGAAUCUGUCCGCUCACCACCACAUUCGGCCAAACCAGUAUACCCUCCCACAUUCAUCGCUCCCAAAGAGCGAUUCCGCCGAGCAGUCCAGAAAGUCAUUGCACUUCGCCAGGGGACUAAUGUCCUCGAUUCUGGUCGCGUUGCAGGCGCGGAGCCUGGCGUAGACGUUCUCAAACCCUCUGCCGAUGCCGAAUAUGGCUCCCUCAGGGCCAACACAGUCAUCGACAUUAUUGACUACUCUGCUGUUCGAAGCAAUGUUCGGAGAAUGGCAAAUCACCAAUUCGUCGAGUUUAUGAACGACUUUCAAGCGAGUGAGCCGCAGGAGUGGGUUAAGGUGCGGUGGAUCAACAUUGGAGGCGUUAGCUGGGACGUCAUUAAAGCUGUUUCGAUACGCUACAACCUUCAUCCCCUCGCUCUGGACGAUAUACUUCACGCUCACCCGCGAGCGCGGUCCAAAGUGGACUAUUACAACCAACACCUAUUUAUGCGCAUUCUCUGCCAUGAGUUGGAUGAGAGCGAGCGUCAGACCGACCAUUUAAAGCGUUCUCGCUCAGCGGCUGCUAAACCAGUGACUCCUUUACGACCAGGAAUUCGACAUCGUCGAGAAAAGCGGGGAACAACCCCCGCGCUAGCAAAGGCGGCAUUUCAAACAGCGACUGCCCCCGGUUUGCGUUCUCCAGACGACAUAGAAAGUCCUGCUCUCCGCAAAAUAAAAAAACAAGCAAGAAUUAGCGUCAAUGUUGCGCCCAUGUUCGCAUUCCUUCUUCGCGACGGGACUGUUAUCACCAUGCAUUCAAAUACCAAUUUGGACAUGACCGAGCCAAUAGCCGCACGUCUCCGCCAGUUCGACAGUGUGUUGCGAACGUCGGCCGAUGCUUCCCUCUUGAUCCAAAGUCUCUUGGGUCUGGUAGCAGACAUGGCGCUCGAAGUAGUCCAUGCGUAUGAAGGAAAAAUCAGGCAUUUUGAGCGACAGAUUCUGUCCCAUCCAACAAUGGAGACUGUUCGCGAUCUCCACAUCCUUUCGGCAGACCUUAUGUUACACCGUCGAACCCUCGACCCCAUUACCACGGUCGUCAGUGGGCUGAGGCGGUAUGAUGUUGAUCGAGUAGCUGCCUUGCUGGACGAGGCGGUUCAAGAUACGAUUGGCAAGGACGUACAGGUCGUUGGGUAUAUGAGUAAAAAGGCCCAAACUUAUCUGGCGGAUGUGAACGACAAUAUGGACUAUGUUCUGAGCCAGCUCGACAUGAUUGCCGGGAUUGGAGAAAACCUCGUCACCUACACCUUCAAUCUUACUUCAUACGAGAUGAACGAAGUGAUGCGACGGCUGACCCUUGCCUCCAUCAUCUUCCUCCCUCUCACCCUCCUUGCUGGCUAUGCUGGAAUGAACUUCCAAUAUCCGGACGUAGCCACAAAUAUGUGGUUUACCUCCCACAAGCACAACGACGUUACCUUCUGGGCUAUUGCAAUCCCAGUUCUGGCCGUGACAAUGGCCAUAUUCUUGGGUCCCGACAUUCGACGGAUGGUGUCCUAUGUACGCAAAAAGGUCCUGACACAGAAUGCUCUCAAGAGCAUUAUGCAGAACUAA